UUUUAGUUCGUAUUGGGCGACGGUUUUCGGGUUUUGUGUUUUGUGGUGGAUGAAAAUUAUUAUCGGAAUUUGUGUGUAAAAUAGCAUUUUAAAUACCUCAUUUUAUAAUUAAUUUGUAUUUUAAAGCGUUAAUUUUAUCCUUUUCGAACUUUCGCCGAUCUCGUAAUUUCCUUACGCGUAUUUUUCGAUUACCCGUGUGUUCGUUUAUGUUCAGUGUAUGUGAACCUGAACAAUGUAAACCGAUACUCAAAAUGAGUAUUUUACGAUUGUUGGUAGAAAUUUGACACGAUACAAAUAUCGCAAAUAUCAACGGGACUCAAGUUAGCCCAGGUUACCGAUAGCGUGAAGAAGGCGUUACCCAAUCAUGACGACAGAUAUUUCGAUCGUGCGGUGGGAUCCGUCCAUUCCGACCGAAAUCAUCGAAGAUUACGAAUACGACGGUGGAAAUUCGUCGUCUAGACUUUUCGAGAGGUCUAGAAUUAAAGCUUUAGCCGAUGAGCGUGAAAAUGUACAGAAGAAAACGUUCCAAAAAUGGGUCAAUUCCCAUUUAGUUCGAGUCGGUACUAGAAUAGGCGAUUUAUAUGUUGAUCUUCGAGAUGGCAAGAAUCUGCUUAAACUUUUGGAAGUAUUAUCUGGCGAAAGACUGCCAAGACCAACCAAAGGUAAAAUGCGAAUUCACUGCUUGGAAAACGUAGACAAAGCUCUACAAUUCCUAAAGGAACAAAGAGUGCAUUUGGAAAAUAUGGGUUCACACGACAUAGUGGACGGAAAUCCAAGACUUUCACUCGGGCUCAUAUGGACGAUAAUUCUUCGCUUCCAGAUCCAAGAUAUCACUAUACAAGAAGAGCCCGAUAGUAAAGAAACUAAAUCAGCGAAAGACGCCUUGCUGCUGUGGUGUCAAAUGAAGACGGCCGGUUACCACAAUGUGAAUGUGAGAAAUUUCACCACCUCGUGGCGCGACGGAUUGGCAUUCAACGCUUUAAUACACAAACAUCGACCUGAUCUCAUUAAUUUCGAAAAAUUAUCCAAAUCGAAUCCUAUGUACAAUUUGAAUAAUGCAUUUAACGUGGCCGAAGAUAAACUAGGACUUACCAAAUUACUCGAUGCCGAAGAUGUAUUCGUCGAACAACCAGACGAAAAAUCGAUCAUCACAUACGUAGUCACCUACUAUCACUACUUCAGUAAAAUGAAGCAAGAAACCGUACAAGGAAAACGUAUCGGUAAAGUAGUCGGCAUCGCCAUGGAUAACGACCGAAUGAUCAAAGAAUACGAAGGCUUAACUAGCGAUCUACUCCACUGGAUCGAAUCGACAAUCGUCUCGUUGGGUGACCGACGUUUUGCGAAUUCAUUAAACGGUGUUCAACAACAAUUGAUCCAAUUUAAUAAUUAUCGUACGGUGGAGAAACCACCCAAAUUCAUCGAAAAGGGUAAUUUAGAAGUUUUACUGUUCACGUUACAAUCGAAAAUGAGAGCGAAUAACCAAAAACCGUACACACCCAAAGAGGGUAAAAUGAUAUCUGAUAUAAAUAAGGCGUGGGAACGACUAGAAAAAGCUGAACAUGAGAGAGAAUUGGCUUUAAGAGAAGAACUAAUAAGACAAGAAAAACUAGAACAGCUCGCUGCCCGAUUUAAUCGUAAAGCCAGCAUGAGAGAAACAUGGUUAAGUGAAAAUCAACGCCUGGUUUCCCAGGAUAAUUUCGGAUUUGAUCUUGCUGCCGUUGAAGCUGCUGCUAAAAAACACGAAGCUAUUGAAACUGACAUUUUCGCGUAUGAAGAAAGAGUCCAAGCUGUUGUCACUGUCAGCCAAGAAUUAGAAGCUGAAAAUUACCACGAUAUUGACCGAAUCAACGCGAGAAAAGACAACGUGUUGAGAUUAUGGAAUUACUUGUUGGAAUUGUUGCGUGCCAGACGCAUGCGACUUGAAUUAUGUCUACAACUACAACAAAACUUCCAAGAAAUGUUAUACAUUUUGGAUUCGAUGGAUGAACUGAAAAUGCGUCUACAAUCCGAAGACUUCGGCAAACAUUUGAUGGGAGUCGAAGAUCUGUUGCAAAAGCACAGCUUAGUCGAAGCCGAUAUCAACGUGCUCGGUGAACGAGUCAAAGGCGUUGUUCAACAAUCCCAAAGGUUUUUGGACCAAGAAGCUACCGAAGGAUACAGACCUUGUGAUCCUGCAAUCAUCAUCGAAAGAGUACAACAGCUCGAAGAUGCGUACUCAGAGUUGGUUAAAUUGGCGGUGGAAAGAAGGUGCAGAUUGGAGGAGAGCCGCAAAUUAUGGCAAUUCUACUGGGAUAUGGCCGACGAAGACAACUGGAUCAAAGAAAAAGAACAAAUCGUUUCGGCUGGAGAUAUUGGUCACGAUUUGACGACCAUUAAUUUAUUAUUGUCCAAACAUAAGGCACUGGAGAAUGAAAUCCGAAGCCACGAACCACAACUCAUGAGCGUCGCUGCGGUCGGUGAAGAGUUAGUGAGACAGCAGCAUUUCGGUGCCAAGAAUAUUCAAGAAAGAUUAGACGAAACGUUGGGUAUGUGGAAACACUUGCUCGAUUUAACCGAAUACAGACGUAAACGCUUGGAAGGAGCUGUUGAUUUCCAUCAGUUCUUCGCCGAUGCCGACGACGUUGAUUUAUGGAUGUUGGAUACGCUCAGAUUGGUUUCAUCCGAAGACGUAGGACGCGACGAAGCGAACGUACAAUCUUUACUAAAGAAACACAAAGAUGUCAUGGACGAAUUGAAGAAUUACGGACAAGUUAUCGAAGCGUUGCAUCAACAAGCCGCUCAAUUACAAGAACAAGAUCCGGAUGCGCCCGAAGUCAAAGAACGAUUGGCCUCCAUUGAUCACCGAUACAAGGAAUUAUUCGAAUUGGGCAAACUCAGGAAGCAAAGGCUGUUGGAUGCUCAAUCUCUGUACAAAGUGUUCUCCGAAGCUGACGGAGUUGAACAAUGGAUCCACGAAAAGGAUCGUAUGUUGCAGACAAUGGAACCAGUUAAGGAUAUCGAAGAUGUCGAGAUCAUGAAACAUAGAUACGACGGAUUCGAUAAAGAAAUGAACUCGAACGCGUCCCGAGUUGCUGUUGUUAAUCAAUUGGCUCGCCAGUUGUUGCAUGUUGAGCAUCCUAAUUCGGCUGAGAUUGUUGCUCGUCAGAAUAAAUUGAACCACGAAUGGGCCGAAUUACGUGAGAAAGCCGAAGGCAAAAGGGAAGAAUUGAACUCUGCUCAUGGAGUCCAAACAUACCAUAUCGAAUGUCGUGAAACCAUAUCGUGGAUCGAAGACAAAAAACGUAUCCUCCAAUCUACGGAUACUUUGGAGAUGGAUUUGACCGGUAUCAUGACUCUACAGAGACGACUAUCGAGCAUGGAGCGCGAUUUAGCCGCCAUUCAAGCGAAAUUGGACGCUUUGCAAGCCGAAGCCGACACAAUCGCCAAAGAACAUCCGGAAGAAGCCGAAGUAAUCAGAGAACGACGCGAACAGAUUCAAGAAAUCUGGGAACAAUUGACCCAAAUGUUGAAAGAACGAGAUGCCAAACUCGAAGAAAAAGGCGAUCUGCACAGAUUCUUACGCGACCUGGAUCAUUUCCAAGCUUGGCUCACGAAAACUCAGAAAGACGUCGCAUCCGAAGACAUUCCUUCGUCUUUGGCCGAUGCCGAAAAAUUACUCAGUCAACAUCAAACAAUCAGGGAAGAAAUCGAUAAUUAUAUGGAUGAUUACGUCAAGAUGAUGGAAGUCGGUGAUAAAGUCACCGCGGAACCUGGAACUCAAGACGAUCCUCAAUACAUGUUCUUGAGAGAACGUCUUAAAGCUCUCAGAGAUGGAUGGCAAGAAUUGCAUCAAAUGUGGGAAAACCGACAGCAACUAUUGUCGCAGUCGUUGAACUUGCAAAUGUUCAAUCGCGAUGCUCGUCAAGCUGAAGUUUUACUUUCGCAACAAGAACACGUCUUGUCCAAGGAUGAAACUCCGACAAAUCUCGAACAAGCCGAGAAUUUGAUUAAGAGACACGAAGCAUUCUUGACCACUAUGGAAGCCAAUGACGAUAAAAUCAACAAUGUCGUUCAAUUUGCUAACCGUUUGUGCGAAGAAGGACAUUUCGAAUCCGAUAAAGUCAAGAAGAAGGCAGAUAAUAUUAAUGAUAGACGUAACUUGAACAGAGAACGAGCCCUCGAGUUGAUGGAAAAAUUGAAAGACCAAUUGCAGCUUCACCAAUUCUUACAGGAUUGCGAAGAAUUGAGCGAAUGGGUCUUGGAAAAGAAAAUCACCGCUCAAGAUGAAACUUACCGUAGUGCCAAAACUGUACACAGCAAAUGGACCAGACAUCAAGCUUUCGAAGCGGAAAUCGCUGCCAACAAAGACCGAUUGGUUAGAAUCCAACAGGCUGGCGAAGACCUCGUCAAAGAGAAACCCGAAAUGGCAGAAAUCAUCAAACCGAAAAUCGCUGACCUCUCCGAACAAUUCGACGAUCUCGAAAAAACGACCAAAGACAAAGGCGAACGACUAUUCGACGCGAAUCGCGAAGUAUUGGUUCACCAGACCUGCGAUGAUAUCGAAUCUUGGAUGAACGAGUUGGAAAGCCAGAUCGAAUCUCAAGAUACCGGCGCCGAUUUGGCUUCCGUUAAUAUUUUAAUGCAGAAACAACAAAUGAUCGAAACACAAAUGGCCAUCAAAGCCAAACAAGUCGAUGAGCUGAAUACUCAAGCUACCUUCCUUGAAAAAACUGUCCCCGAGAAGAUCGACGAUAUUAAGGCGAAGAAGAGCAAGGUAGAAGAACGAUUCGAGCAAUUGAAAGCUCCCUUAUUGGAACGUCAACAGCAAUUGGCCAAAAAGAAGGAAGCUUUACAAUUCCGACGAGAUGUAGAUGACGAAAAAUUAUGGAUUUCGGAAAAAAUGCCAUUGGCUUUGAAUACGGAAUAUGGAAACACACUUUUCAAUGUUCAUAUGCUGAAGAAAAAGAAUCAGUCUUUGGCCACAGAAAUCGAUAACCACGAACCUAGAAUCCAGACCGUAUGCAACAAUGGCCAAAAACUCAUCGACGAAGGUCACGAAGACGCUGAAUUAUUCACCGAUCUAAUCCACGACUUGAAACAACGAUGGGCCAAGCUCAAAGAAGCUGUCAAUCAACGCUACAAAAUGUUAUUACAAUCUGAAAAUGCCAAACAGUAUCUCUUCGACGCUUCGGAAGCGGAAAGUUGGAUGGGCGAACAAGAAUUAUACUUGAUGAUCGAAGAUCGCGGUAAAGACGCCAUCUCGUGCCAGAAUCUUAUCAAGAAACACGAUACGAUGGAACAAGCGGUGGAAAAUUACGCCGAUACGAUCAGACAACUCGGAGAGACUGCUCGACAGCUCACCAGCGAAAUGCACCCCGAAAGCGAUGUGGUUGCCGUUAAACAAUCUCAAGUCGAUAAGUUAUACGCCGGUUUGAAAGAUCUAUGCCGAGAAAGACGAGCGAAAUUGGAUGAAGCUUCGCAGCUAUUCGCAUUGAACAGAGAAAUCGACGACCUGGAGCAAUGGAUCAACGAAAAAGAGGUGGUGGCCAGUUCGCAAGAUUUGGGACAAGAUUACGAUCACGUUACGCUUUUAUGGGAACGCUUCAGACAAUUCGCUCGCGAUACCGAAGCUAUCGGUACGGAACGUGUACGCAGCGUUAACGCGAUGGCCGAUCAACUCAUCAGCAGUGGACACAAUGAUUCUGCAGUGAUCGCCGAACAGAAAGACGGAUUAAACGAAUCGUGGCAAGAUUUACUCGAAUUAAUCGAUACCAGAACACAAAUGUUAGCAGCCUCUCGCGAAUUGCACAAAUACUUCCACGACUGCAAAGACGUCUUGAACCGUAUUCUCGAAAAGAAGAAUUCCAUGUCCGAUGAACUAGGACGUGACGCCGGCUCAGUCCACACACUUCUACGUAAACAUCAAAACUUCACGCAAGAUUUGCAAACGUUACAAUCUCAAGUACAGCAGAUAAAAGACGAGUCGCGUAAACUGCAAGAAUCCUACGCCGGCGAUAAGGCCAAAGAAAUCACCAAUCGCGAAGAAGAAGUAGUCAAUGCGUGGGAAGGACUUAAGAAAACGUGCGAAGAUCGACGACUCAAACUCGGAGAUACCGGCGAUCUCUUCAAGUUCUUCAAUAUGGUACGAACGCUGAUGCUGUGGAUCGAAGAUGUCAUCAGACAGAUGAACACGUCCGAAAAACCAAGAGAUGUCAGUGGCGUCGAAUUACUGAUGAAUAAUCACCAAAGUUUGAAAGCUGAGAUUGAUACUAGAGAAGAUAACUUCACCGCUUGCUUAUCGUUGGGCAAAGAAUUACUUACCAGGAAUCACUACGCGUCUAAUGAGAUAAAAGAAAAACUCCUAUUGUUGAGCAACCAACGCAAUUCCUUGUUAUCUCGAUGGGAAGAACGUUGGGAGAACCUGCAGCUAAUCCUUGAAGUAUACCAAUUCGCUCGUGACGCCGCCGUAGCCGAAGCUUGGCUGAUCGCUCAAGAACCUUAUCUGAUGAGUCAAGAACUCGGCCACACCAUCGAUGAUGUUGAGAACUUGUUGAAGAAACACGAAGCAUUCGAAAAAUCUGCAAUUGCCCAAGAAGAACGUUUCUGCGCGCUCGAGAGACAUACCACGUUCGAAUUGAAAGAGUUUAAACGACGACAAGAAGAAAAAGAAUUAGAAAAGCAGCGUCAAGAAGAAUUAGCCAAACAAGCAACGCUUCAGGCUUCCGAUUCCAAAGACAAAACUGACGGCGAAGCCGGAGCCGGAGAAGCAACUCAGAACGGCGAAAAAGAAUCCGAAGCUAAAGAGCAUGCUGGCGAGCCUUUAAGCGGAGGUAAACGAUUUAAGAAUAUAACCACACCUGACGCGAAAAAUAGACCUUCCAGUACCACUGGUACUCCAAUUUCUACGCAUGCCACGCCCGUAACGCCUACUUCUAAGGAUCGUAAAAAGGAUCGAUCUCGAUCGAGAUCGCCAUUCCGAAGUUUCCGUUGGAAAAAAUCCACACCUAAGAGUCCGCUAGCUCAGCCAGCUUCCGCUAGCGAUGACGAAGGCAAUAUUAGUCGGGCUGCUGCAGGUCAGUACGGUCCAGCGUCGCCAGGACCUUUGUUACCUUUGGAGUCGACAGUGAUGAGAAAACACGAAUGGGAAUCUACGACGAAAAAAGCAUCUAGCAGAUCAUGGGAGAAGAUGUACAUUAGAUUGCAAGGAUCGACGAUUUGCUGUUACAAAGAUCAAAAGUCAGCUAAAAAUCAUCCCGACGGUUACUACAAAGGUGAACUUCCCAUCGAAUUAAGAGACGGAUCGGUGGAGAAAGCUACCGAUUACACGAAGAAAAAUAACGUAUUUAGAGUAAAAACUGCCGGCGGAGCAGAAUAUUUGUUCCAACCUAAAGAAGAUGACUCGGUAGACAUGCAAACGUGGGUAUCGUCGAUAUCGUCCAUUAUCAGAGAAGGUGCCGUGGCAGGACCUUCGAAAUCGCAAACUUUACCAGCUGCGCCCAGCGAUAGAAAAGACGAACCUAAAAGGCGUAGCUUCUUUACAUUAAAGAAAAGUUAAUCGCGCAAAUGAUUUGAAAGCUUCGGUUCACCAAAUUCAAAAGCCUUCUUAGCAAUUAUUUAUAUGAAUAUAUUUUUUUAAAGUUUAUCUAUCCUUCGAAUAAUCAGAUUCAAACGAUAGUUUUUUUCUUUAUUUUUUAAGGCAUAAAAGAUUAAAAAUAUCAAUUUUAAAAAUUUUAUUUUAUUUUUCACAACACCGUAUUAUUUUUCCCUCUUCUGUCUUUAUUUUUUUUAUUAUUUUUUUAAUUGUACUGCACUAUAUUGUUCAUGUUUUUAAAUUUUAACGAUUGUCACGAUUGUAUUCGCAAUAUACCUACGUUAUUAUUUAAUAUUAUGUACUAUUUUUUUUUCUUCCUGUAUGACGACGAAUAAUAUUGUAUUAAAAUGUGAAAAAAAUUAUUUGUUUAUGGAAUAUUUACUUAGUUUGUAAAUGAAACGCGCGCGUAUUUCGAUUAUAAAUCGGGUAUUCUCGAUGCUUCUUUUUCUAUUUUGUUUACGUUUUUUUUUUCUUUUUUGACUUAUGAAAAUUUUAACUAUGUUUCUCGAAUUUGUUUUUAAAACGCAAUUAAAUCGCCUAUUAUAACUAUUUCCUCUCCCUACCUUCCCCUUUUUUUUCAUCUUUGUAAGUAAUUAGUAAUUUGUUGUAAAGUGUAAUUGAAUUUUUUCGGGCAGCUGUAUUGUCUACGAUUGUGUGUGUGUUUUAGAAUUACGUACGAAUUGUUGCAGACGUGGUAUUGUCCAUCAAAGCUUGUAUACUUUAGAGUGUUGUUAUUUAUCAAUGGCUUUUUAAAAUUGAGUAAUUUUUUUUCUCUCUUAGCAUUUACAUAUAAUUUAUUGCAUUGUGUAUUUUUGCUUUGAAAUAAAACAUGAAUAGUAUCAA